GAGUUGGGCAGCACAGCAAAAUAUGGCUGGUGACAAUAAGUUUAAUCAAAACGUACCUAAAGUUAGUGCAAAUUCGUGCAACAUUAAAAGCGUGCGGUAACGAAAAGUUUUAUCAAGAGUGCCAAGAACAGAUCUAAUCCAUGUUAUUUUAUCCGCUUAUGGUAUAUAAAUGAGUCAAUGCAAGAAAAACAAAUUCCAAUCAGAUUAACUUAUGGCUCCGUUGCUAUACCUAUUCUCGUUUUUUUUUUAAAUAAACAAACCAUGCAUUAAUAUAGUACUUGUACUUUGUAUAUGCUGGCAGAGCAGUGUUUUCUCACAACUCGAGAGACGUUAAAACGCUUAGAAAGCUUAAAUGAAAACGGUAGUGGUAUUGCGCAUUCCACGCAUAUAGCAGCAGCAGCAGCAACCAACCAACAACAGCAACAACACAGUAAAGUUGGAAAUGGCGACAGCACGAGGAGCUCCAGACACGAUUUCAUUAUGCUCCACCGUCUCCAGCUGCCCCGAUCGCAAUGGCUUCUACGGUGGCUUUCAACGCACAGACAAACCCAAGGAGCCGCUGUCGAAAGCACAAAUUAUUGCACGUGAAAAAAAAUGGCUCUAUAUGAUAGAUAACUGGUCCAUAUACAUGUCAAGAAAUUAUAAAAAGAUUCGCGAUCGCUGUCGCAAAGGGAUCCCGAAAUCAGUACGACCCAAGGCCUGGUUCUAUUUAUCAGGUGCUUACUUGCUAAAGAAAAAGAAUCCAAAUAUCUAUAAAGAGCUGCUCGAGAAACCAGGGAAUCCGGCAACUAUUGAGGAAAUCAAAAAGGACAAACACAGACAGUUCCCGUUCCAUGAAAUGUUCCUGGAUGAACAAAAAGUGGGACAAAUCGAGCUAUUUAAUGUACUGAAAGCUUAUUCAAUAUAUAACCCAAAAGUGGGCUUCUGCCAAGCGCAGGCACCGAUAGCUGCGUUCCUAUUGAUGCAUCUGCCAGCGGAGGAUGCCUUCUGGGUUUUUGUAAGCGUAUGUGAUGUUUAUUUGCAGGACUAUUUUAUUCCUGGACUCGAGGUGAUACAAAACGACGCUGGUAUAUUGGAGGGUCUACUGAAAAAGACAUGCCCUCCCGUCUACCGCCAUUUGCAAAAGCACAAGGUCGAGCCUUUGCUGUACAUGACCGACUGGUUUCUAUGCGCCAUGACCCGGACGCUGCCCUGGGAAACACUCCUGCGUGUAUGGGACUGCUUUCUUGCUGAGGGUAUACGCGUCAUCUUCAAAGUGGCAUUGGUGAUCAUUGGGGCCUCACUCAGUCGACACAAGGUUCGGAAGACCUGCACGGGUCUCUGUGAGACUCUCGCGGUGCUGCGUUCGCCCCCGCCACACAUUAUGGAGGAGGAGUUCAUAAUAAAUAACAUGAUGCGUUUGAAUCUGCGCGUUGAGGACUUUCAAAUAGAACACACGCGCCAGAAAGCACGACGUGCCAAACAAAAAGCUCAACAGGAUGGUGCUACGGGAAAUGGCGACUCAAGCACAACCAAUGGGCGACGAAAUAUGCCAACCUUGUGAACGACAAAUAGUAUUGUUUAGUCGUAGUCGUAAUCUUCAAACUACGACAAAGGAAAGGAACAUUUUUUAUUAAACUAAUCAAUAAACGAAAAGUGCACAAACUAAACUAAAUUAAAAUAAAACAAAACUAAACUAAAUGAAAAAACUAAGUAAAUUGUUAACACUAAAUUAAUAUUUCAUUCCAUAACAUACUACAUUAGUCAUUUAUUCUAUUACAUUUUUUUGUAAGUUAAAUGAACAUUUGUUAAACAAACAUGUGUAUUUAGCAUUUGUUUAUAGUUUCUGUUUUGUUUUAAUGUAGUUGCAAUUUUUACACGAGUGCAAUUGUUUUUGCUUUUCAAAAGUAUUUAUUAUUAUAUUUAACUAUUUAUUUUAUAACAAACUCUUUAGCAGUUAAUAUCCGUACAUAUCCUAUUACCAUCAUUUUAUUUGAUUGGCAGCUGCGUAUUCAACAUAAAUGAAAGCAAAGCUUAAAGUAUUGUUUAUUUAUAUUAUACUUAAAACAAACAACACAUUGUAUAUCAUUGUUUGACUAAUGGAAUGAAGGGGCACGUGGUGCCCAGAUCUGAGAAUGGUUAAUAAAUUUGAUGAUUUUUGAGAAAAUGUAUGAAUUAUUAUUAAACUACUUAUAUUUAUGUACCUUUUUGAAAAUACACAUGUAGUAUUAUA